CUAGAGUUUGUUGGAUAGAGGGUUUCAGCUUUUGCUCGUGAGAGCUGAGAAAGAAACGGAAGAAACAAAGGUGGGAACUGGGAACUGGGAAGAGAAGACAAUCAAGCUUUACUUUUCUCUCUCAUCUUCUCCAUCUAGCUGUUCCCUUUAUUCAUCUACACAGAAGAUGGACUGUGAAAAUGCAUAUCUUUAAAGUCUUCCAUCCCCAGUCUUGCCGCUGCGUCCUGGCGAGGCUUUUUUGACGCGUUGAAUGCGAAGUUGGGAAGUGAAGAUCCAAGUAAAAAGGGCCCCAAGAUUUGACUCUUGAACAUCAGCGGGAAGCAUGGAGUUGUCAAGGGAAGGGUUUUUUUUUGAAAGGUUGAGUCCUUAGUUUCAACUCUUUGUGGGGUAGUGUGUUGGGCAGCAAUGUUUCCAUCUCCCAUGCAGAACCCAGAAGAUGUUCCAACCCACCAGCAUCUGCAGCUGGGUCUCAAGGCCCUGAUGGCCAUUUCUGAAAAGGAGACACCUCACAAGUUGAACGCCGGUUCCGGCAUUGUCCAUUCCUACAAGAUCUUAUCAGCAUCAGCUUCAGCAUCACUGUCUAAGUCAUCUUCCUGGUCAUCGUCCUCUUCUUCCUUUAAUUCGUCGCUGCCUUCAUUGCCUCGUUUCUUAUCGUAUCCUUCUUCUGUGAUGGGUGAUUUAAUUGGGACCGAGAGUGGUGUUUACAUGAGCCCAUAUGAAGAUUUAGUCACAGCAGCGGUAGAGAAAAGCAAGCCCUACAACAACGGACGUCAAAACAAGGGAAGUCAAGAACCAGCAACGAAAAGGAAAUACCCGCCCCCAAUACCUUUACUAGCAGGAACAGGGAAUUUGGUCGCCCAUAUGCCUUGGGUUUUAACUAGACGAUACACAAAUGAUGGAAAGCUGAUACUUACGGAGGAGAGAGGCAAGUACCAGGAGUACUUCGAAGCCAAGAGGGAGCACGGCCGUCUCUUGCUCUCUCUUGUGUCUCUUGACAACGCCAAUGGGCAUCCUCACACAGUUGACGACAAGGACGAGCAGGUGGAAGAAGAAGAUCUAUAUUUCAUGGAAGGAGUUCCCGGGGCAACAGAAAAAUACACAGAAACUGAACUGAUUGACUUUGACAUUUAUGAUGAUGAGAGUUGUGAUGAUGAGAACGGGAAGCAACCUACUAAGAUGGUGGAUGGAAUUGCGACGCAGAAAGGGUCCAUGACAACGUUGGCUUCUUCAAUGCCGGAGAUACCUCCGGUGAAGAUGAUGCAUGAAAAAAGUCGAUUUGGACGCAGGUGCUUGACAUUCGUGGAUAGGGGAUCAUCAGACUCCUCCAAUAUGUUUGGGCCCAUGCUCGACAACAUCAUAUACACCUAGGUCAGAGAUCUAGUCUAUGUUGUGGUUACACUUUACUGGUUAUGUUUCUUCUUUUCUUUUGCCAUAAGCCUUCUCUUGUGAUGAGCUCUGUUUAUUGGCUCCCAAGCCCAUUAGCCUGGGUUUUUCCUGGCAUGUACAAUAAAUAAAGAAACCAGCAUGAGCAUAUUUUGAUAACCAUGUU